CAAAACUCAAAAUAUCUCCAUCACCGCUUCUAUAAAACCCCGUUUGCUCUCCAUCCCAAUUAAAAAAACGCUCUCACGAAUUUUCAUAUCUUGUCUGAAUUAAGAUUAUUUACUUUCUCUUAACGAUGUCUAAGAAUAUUCUGGUCACCGGCGGCUCUGGCUACAUCGGAAGUCAUACUGUGCUUCAACUGCUUAACGGUGGUUACUCCGCCGUCGUUGUUGACAACCUCGACAAUUCCUCUGCUGUUUCUCUCGAACGCGUUAAGAAAAUCGCCGGCCAAAACGAAGACCGCCUCUCCUUCCACCAGGUGGAUCUCCGAGACAGGCCUGCGCUUGAGAAGAUUUUCUCAGAAACUAAGUUUGAUGCAGUGAUACACUUUGCUGGACUUAAAGCAGUAGGUGAGAGUGUGGAGAAGCCUUUGCUGUAUUAUAAUAAUAACAUUGUUGGCACUAUUACUCUGUUGGAGGUUAUGGCUCAAUACGGCUGCAAAAAUCUUGUGUUUUCAUCGUCGGCUACAGUCUAUGGCUGGCCAAAAGAGGUUCCUUGCACUGAGGAGUCCCCAAUUUCUGCAACCAACCCAUAUGGCCGUACUAAGCUUUUUAUUGAAGAGAUUUGCCGGGAUGUACAUCGCUCGGACCCUGAAUGGAAGAUCAUAUUGCUUAGAUACUUCAACCCUGUUGGUGCACAUCCUAGUGGCUACAUUGGUGAAGAUCCUCUUGGAAUUCCAAACAAUCUCAUGCCUUAUAUCCAACAAGUUGCAGUUGGCAGGAGACCUCACCUCACCGUAUUUGGAACCGACUACAAGACAAACGAUGGUACAGGGGUUAGAGAUUAUAUUCAUGUCAUUGACUUAGCAGAUGGACAUAUAGCCGCUCUGCGCAAGCUAGAUGAUCUCAAAAUCAGUUGUGAGGUUUACAACCUUGGAACAGGUAAUGGAACAUCGGUCCUAGAAAUGGUUGCUGCCUUUGAGAAGGCAUCCGGAAAAAAAAUCCCGUUGGUGAUGGCCGGACGACGUCCUGGAGACGCUGAGAUUGUUUACGCCUCAACAGAGAAAGCAGAACGCGAGCUAAAUUGGAAGGCUAAGUAUGGGAUCGAAGAGAUGUGUAGGGAUUUAUGGAACUGGGCCAGCAAUAAUCCUUAUGGCUACAACUCCUCCAAUGGCUCCUCUUAACUCUCGUUUUUUCUUUUUCUUGCAUUUUUUAUUUUUAUAAUCAUAUGAAAAAAUGCUGAUCAAGAACCCAAAUUUUUUUUAGAAGCAAGUGGGGAAAUCCGUGUAUUACUAAUUUGAUCAUAGCUACUCUUUGAAUCUUUGAUAUUUAAAUCUCAUUCUUUUUUAGUUC